AUGGCUGAAACACAAAACAAAUAUAUUUCGCUGCCAAAGUCCGGGGUUAAGGUCUUCUACCGUGAGCAGAAAGCCGCACCCGAUGCACCGGUCAUACUUCUACUCCACGGCUUUCCCUCAUCCUCUCAUCAAUACCGCAACCUGAUCCCACUGCUCGCAGCAAAGUACCGAGUCAUUGCCCCAGAUCUCCCUGGAUUCGGCUUCACAGAGACACCCUCCGACUUCAAGUUCACAUUUGCAAACUUAGCAACCACCAUCGGAGAAUUUGUCGACCAACUCUCACUCACCCGCUUCGCCAUAUAUAUCUUCGACUAUGGCGCACCCGUUGGCUUAAGACUAGCUCUGCAGCGUCCUGAAGCAAUCACAGCAAUAGUCAGCCAAAACGGAAACGCCUAUGUGGAGGGCUUUGGUGACAUCUGGGGUCCCAUCAAAGAGCUCUGGGCAAGCAAUAACGCACCGACGAAUCGGACCGAGGUCGCGAAAGUUAUGCUGACACUUGACGCAACUAAGUUUCAGUAUGAAGACGGUGCCCCUGAUCUCAGUCGCAUUGCGCCCGAGUCAUACUUCCUUGAUCAAGCUUUGUUGGAGCGUCCUGGAAACAAAGAUAUUCAAUUGGACUUGUUCUAUGAUUACCAGAAUAAUGUCCCUCUUUAUGAUGAUUUCCAUGCCUACUUUCGGAAAUCAAAGGUCCCGCUACUGGCGAUCUGGGGGAAGAAUGACAAAUUCUUUAUUCCGCCCGGGGCGGAGGCGUUCACGAGAGAUCUGCCUGCAGCUGAGGUGCAAUUGAUUAAUGCGGGUCAUUUUGCGGUUGAGAGUGACACGCUGUAUAUUGCACAGGAAAUCUUGAGAUUCUUUAACAAGAUUAAUCUUUAA